AUGAACAAAAUCGUGUUACUUUCUCUGGUGUCCUUGGCCGCCACCGCGCCCGUGAUCGUGCAACAAGAUGAAAAGGAGUACCAACUGCAUGGAGGUUUCAGGCCGAUAGAGAGGUCCGAUCAGGAAGGUCUCGGCAGUUCUGCGAGCGGGAGUUACGGCGGUGAUUAUGGUGGUGGCUACGGGGGCAGUGAAUAUGGCGGCGGAGAGUACGGUGGUGGUUACGGAGGUGGUUACGGAGGUGGUUAUGGAGGUGACUUUGGAGGUGGUCACGGUGGAGGCUUGGAGGCAUCUUCCGGAGGACACUUGGAAGCUGGCGGUGACCACUCGGACUACUCCUCUCUGGGAGGUGGAUACGAAGGUGGAGACGAAGGAGUUUCCCUCGACGGAGGUCACAGUGUAGUGCAAAGCGUUCCCGUGUCGGAGCAUGUGGAAGUAACGAAGCCCAUACCUGUCAAAGUCGUUAAGCACAUCGGGGUACCGGUUCCUCAGAUCUUUAAGAUAGGCGUACCCCAUCCAGUGCCAGUUGGUAUUCCUCAACAGUAUCCGGUUGCUCAUCCAGUUCCGAAAUUGGUCCCUGUGCAAGUGGUAAAGACCGUGGCCGUGCCUGUGGAGAAAAAGGUUCCGUUCCCCGUGGAGAAGCAUAUUCCGGUACCCGUGGAGAAGCCGAUUCCUAUUACGAUCGAGAAGCACGUGCCAGUGCCGGUCAUUAAACCGUAUCCCAUAAAAAUACCCGUGUACAAAACCAUCUACCACCAUGCGAAGAAGCAUUAA